AAAAUAAGCUUGUUGACUUGCUUGGUCCAUCUGUUGAUAAAGUAGAAGAUUUUGAUGAAGAUGUUGAAGAUUAUCAACUAGAAACCAAUGAAGAGGAAGUUCUGUCAGAUUGGAUGAUUUUAGCAGGAAUGGACCCAAAUACAAGUUUUAAUAGUUUUUCUGAUCUAGGUUUACAUGAUGCUAAUCGAAAUCAUGACUGGUUCGAAAAUGUUAGACAACACUAUCAAAAUUUUAAUCUUGCUGAUAUAAACAUAUUUAUACAGCAAGUUUGCCACAAUAAAGCUAAUAAUACUAAAAAUUUAGUUAGCGAUACUAUAGAUUUUCAAACUUUAAACAAAAAUUAA